AUGUUCCCCCGUCUAGCCAUCCUCCUCAGCUCCGUCCUCGGCGCAAGCGCAUCCGUGCUGCCCACGUCGACGACGCGCGACCUCGUCUCGCGCGCCGCUCCGGUCGCAUCCCUCUGCACACAGUAUGCAUACCUCAAGACCAACGGGUAUGAAAUCCUCAACAACCUCUGGGGCAUCGACACGGCUACCGGAGGUGGUUCGCAGUGCACAUACUACAACGGUGCCGUUGGCUCUGCGGUGGCUUUCAGCUCGGAUUGGACGUGGCGCGGCAACGACAACACGGUCAAGAGCUACAUAUACGCCAAUCGUGUGUUUGAUCGGAGGCUGGUCAGCGACAUCAAGAGCCUGCCCACCUCGGUGCAGUGGUCAUACAACACGACAAACAUCCGUGCAAACGUCGCGUAUGAUAUUUUUACGCAUACCGACGUCAAUCAUCCAAACUCGAGUGGUGAUUUUGAGCUCAUGAUUUGGCUGCAACGCUAUGGAGGCAUCUGGCCCAUCACGGAAUCGUCGACUGGCUCCCCGGUCGAGACUGUCACCAUUGCUGGGUACACUUGGGAGCUAUUCACGGGGUGGAACGGAGCCAUGCGAGUCUAUAGCUUCUUGCCGCCGAGCGGGACUUUGUACAACUCGUUCUCUGCCGACGUCAAGGUUUUCUUCGAUUAUCUUGGUCAAAAAUACUCAUUCCCUGCUAGCAAGCAGUACAUGCUGAUUUACAACUUUGGCACCGAGGCCUUCACUGGUGGUCCUGCACAUUUCGACGUUCCUCGUUUCCAGGCGGAGGUUCAGGUUUAGGUUGGUUGAAUUAAACAAUAGAAUUUUGAAUUUUCUUGAGCAGUUUUAGGAGGAGAAAUAUCAGAUGUAGAGAGAUGCGCUAUGUACAGUCUACGUGAACUGGAACCGAAGAUUUCGCCAAGGAAACAUCAGUGUCCUUACACCGAAUCAAGAUAUUGGCAAUGGCAACCAUCCCCACUGAACA